ACGUCUCAUCUUCACAAGGGCGGGGAAUGAAUGCUAGAAACCCCUAAAUCUUCCCCUCUUAUUUUCCUAAAUGGUUAAACCUUAACGCUGACCUCUCGUCCGGCCAAAAUAUCACCUUCCUGGCCAAAUACACGGCUAAGAAAUUUGGAGCGAAGCCCUUUCUUUGAUGGGCAGCAUUCGUCUUUACAUUAAAGUAAAAUAAAGAAAAAGGAGGAAGGGGCUGUAUAGAUAACUUAUAAGCUAAGUUUGAUGAUGUCUUUCUUGGAGCACAUGGAUUAAAUUGAUUGAAAUUGGAGUGGAGAGACUAAAUGAACAUUUUGGAAUGGUGUAGGGACUGGUCAGUUGUAUCUAGAGCAGUAGUCUAUCUGUCAUGUCAGAGGCAUAUAGAGAUUCAUUUGGUUCGGUCGAGCAAUGUAAAGCUGGACCAGAUUUCUUUGGCUUCUAUGCUCGUGAAAUAGCUGAUCUUUUGUCUCCAAAUGAGAGUACCCUAUCCACUUCCAAUGCAUCUGGGUUGUCCCAAGGCAAAUAUGGGAUGGUCAAUGGAAAAGAGGCUAUGGACUGUAGCCAUAAAGAUGCGAGUUCAUUAUUUGAAAACAGCAUAGGUGCUGGGUUUUCAGAUUUCAAAAAAGGAAAAUUGAAGGCAUUACUUAGGCAGAGUGUGAAUGAUCUUUCAAUGGAAGUUGAUGAGAUGUUAGAUCCUGUUGUGGCCAUGUGUCAGUUACGGUAUAAGCUCAAAAGCAACAAUUUGUUGACUGCAGCAUCAAAUGAUAAUGCAGCUAAAAUUGCCUACAAGAAACCUAAGAUUUCGUCUUCUUGCUCAUCAGCUAGCAUCACUGCAAAUUCUUGUCCUAUAAAAUCUGGAUCUUGUGAAGAGGUGGAAGAUGACUUGCGGUUCCUUUUAGAGAAUGAUAACCCAUUGCUGGUAGAGGAAACAAUGAAAAAAUAUUCUGAUGAACUAUCCUCAACGCUAUUGCAUAUGGAGCAGAAGCUUGAAGAAACUUUAGACACUAUAAUGUCCAAGUGUAGUGUAACUUCAAUCCACAGGCCCAUGACACUUUUUGAGAAGCAGCAGCUUCAAAAGUUGAUUCACAAGCUGCCUCAGGAAAAUCUUGUGCGUGUUGUAGAUAUUAUCCAACACGGUAGGCCUGCUGGAAAAUCUUGUGGUGAAGAAAUUUUUGUUGAUUUGGAACAAGAGAAAAAUGUAACACUAUGGAGAUUAUAUUACUAUGUGGAAUCAGUUGAGAAAGCCAAAAUGCUUGCACAUUCACAGUGUAGUAGAACCCAAACAUUAUAGCCAUCCCUUCUGAGACUAUGACUGGAGUUCAGAAGCCUUCUAUUCUAUCAAGACUAUUAGCAUAUAUCAAGCCUUCUAAGACCUUGUAGUACUUUAGCCCUCUUGCUUGAAGUAGCUAUAUGGACAUUUGUCGGCAUUGUCGAGCAGUGGAGAUUUUCAAGAUCUUCUCUGCAGAUUCUAAAAGAUCCUGAUUGCUUGAAUCAUUUGUCUUCAGGGAAUUGACAAAACUGCAUUAACCCAUAAAUUUGAUACCUUGGUAUGGAAUGCAGUAUAGCUUUAAACAGCUCUGUACAGUCACUUGCUAAGCAAGUGAGAUCAAAGUUUUGUACUUUCCUUUUAUAUCUGGUGUUUGACAAGCAUGUUAUAUGCUUUACGGGCAGUUAAGUGAAAGUUUGGAGUCAAGCAGAGUUUCAGCCUUUUAAACUGUACUUACACAAAACACCCUUUAUUUUUCCAAUUGAUAACAGUUAAAACAGUUUCACUUUGAUGUCAAAGGAUAGAAUUUAAACCAUUCAGCUUGCUAAAAUGAGACAACUUUGAUCAAACAGCCCUCAACUUUUGGUCUUCCUUCAUUCUGUAAAGAGCUCAUAUCUUAAUUUAAUUAGUUAGAACUAUUGUUAGUGAUAUAAACUGUAGCAAGAAGUUAACCAUCGUGAUUAGGGACAUGUAUUAAUAUUGAAUUUCUGUAAUAGAUUCCUUAGUUGAGAGAUAUAACAGUUUUACAGUUACAAAUA